ACUUCUCCACGCAGGUGAACUCCUCCUCCCUCAGCUCCCCCACAGCGCGCAGCUCCAUGGCGGCCCCCUCGCUGCACCCCUCCCUGGGGCCCAGCAUCGGCUCCUCGCUCGGCUCCCCGGGACAGCUGCACUCACCCAUCAGCACCCUUAGCUCGCCCAUCAACGGCAUGGGCCCGCCCUUCUCGGUCAUCAGUUCCCCCAUGGGCCCGCACUCCAUGUCGGUGCCCACCACACCCACCCUGGGCUUCGGCACGGGCAGCCCCCAGCUCAGCUCGCCCAUGAACCCCGUGAGCAGCAGCGAGGACAUCAAGCCCCCACUGGGUCUCAAUGGUGUCCUCAAAGUGCCGGCCCACCCCUCAGGGAACAUGGCGUCCUUCACCAAGCACAUCUGUGCCAUCUGCGGGGACCGCUCCUCAGGCAAGCACUAUGGGGUGUACAGCUGCGAGGGCUGCAAAGGCUUCUUCAAGCGGACGGUGCGCAAGGACCUGACCUACACCUGCCGGGACAACAAGGACUGCCUGAUUGACAAGCGGCAGCGGAACCGCUGCCAGUACUGCCGCUACCAGAAGUGCCUGGCCAUGGGCAUGAAGCGCGAAGCCGUGCAGGAGGAGCGGCAGCGAGGCAAGGACCGGGGCGAGAGCGAGGUGGAGUCGACCAGCAGCGCCAACGAGGACAUGCCGGUGGAGAAGAUCCUGGAGGCCGAGCUGGCGGUCGAGCCCAAGACGGAGGCCUACGUGGAGGCGAACGUGGGGCUGAGCCCCAGCUCG